AGUAGGAAGCGGCUGACUCCUCAGAAUUGUCGUGAACUGUCCGCAGGCCAUCCUGGGAAAUGUAGUCACUCUGGUCUUAGCACACCCUGCGGGAGGGGGCAGCCCGCUCACCCCGGUGAGGCAAUCGGCCGCAGUGUUUCUGCACUGCCAUUGGCAGAUACGAAACGAGCGCGAGAGGGCGUCGGUUACUAACCGCCGUUUGGGGACGUUUAUUGGGCGGCACCGAUGGCGCGCUUUUUCUCCCCGCUUGUUUGGGCCGGGCCCCUGUUGCUGUACCUGUGGUUGAGCGGAUGCUGGGCAGUGUGGAGAUAUACAACUAGAAUAGGACAUUAUAUUCUAUUCACUGGAAGAACUACUAUAUUUUUAGAGUAUGAAGGGACUUCAUUUACUGAAUGGGAGAUUCCCAUAUUAUGUUCUGCUGGUGAUAAAAGUUCACCUCAGACAACACUGAAUUGUCCAGUUGCUGGAGCUCAUAAGAUUAUGCCAGUAGUUACAAAUCCGACAUUUGAGGAUAAGGAGCGCUACCUAACUCUAAAUGUUGAAUUGAGUUGUUUUUUGUGGUAUGUGUAUAGCUCCUUAAGCUCAGCUGACAAGAGUUCAAAGGAUGUAAUUAUAUGGGUUUAUGACCCAGAAAAUGCUGAACCUUCAGAAGUGGACAAUACUGCAACUAAACCACCAGCACAUUCUAGGGCACUUAGCAGGCAGUUCUCAAAUUUGGGACAGGCACCCUUUAUUAAAACAUUCUUCAAAGGUAUCGAAUACACGGAAGCCGAAUUUACAGAUGAGGGAUACUGGAAAAUUAAAGUGCCUAUCCUAUCAGAUGACAUCAUUGGACAAGUCUAUGGGAAACCAAUUACUUUUCAGGGUUGUUUUACUGCCCAGAGUCCUUUUGUCAUUGCGCAAUCAGAAAUUCCUCAGGUCAACAUUCAUGAUAUCAGCAUCUCAACUCCUGCUGGUAGUGAAAUCAUGCUGACAUGGUCUGCAUGUUUUCCAACUACAGCAGUUUUGGUGUCAGAUUUUGGUGCUUUCCUAACACAUAACGGAUUCCAAGAUUCAAAAGAAAUCAAAUUUCCCUCCACUGUAUUAGAUCGGGCUAAAGCUCAGAGUGUAAAUGAUGUAGCUGUAAUAAAUAGUUAUAGUAUUUUAUUUUUAAUAGAGGAUUCUGUUUAUAUUAUGCAAGGCAACAAUGUAUACAAAGCUGGACAAAAAGAGACAUUUCCAGAAAAUGGAGUUAUUGGGAUACAUUCAAGAACCUGGUGUGAAGCUGACUAUCCAACUUUCAGAAUAAUAUUAAGUGAAUCACUCAUAUGGACAAAAAGCAAUGUAUACGUCCAGUAUGCAACAGAAAAUGUAACUGAGUUGAUGUUACUAGUCAUGGAAACAGGAACCUUGAAGAAACUAAUAGGAUUUAGUGACGGUGUUGAUGUAACUGUAAUAACUGCUUGCUAUGCUUCAGUCCCUUCUGAGAUUUCGGUCUUGUUGGCUUGCGUUGGGUGCAGCUCCACCAGGACAUUAUAUCUGGUAGGACACAGUGAAGUGGAGGGCCACUGGUUCUUGAGAGAUUUUUCCCUGCCUGCACCUACAACUGGAGUUAUGUACAUGGAAGUUCUAUUUUCAGCAACACCAACUAUGCUGCUAUGGUACAGUGACAAGGUGUUUUAUUCUUACAAAGGAAACAAGGUCAAUGGAUAUGUUAAAAUAUCUGGUACAGACACUAUAUUAUCAGCAGCAUCAGAAGGGACAGAAAUUCAUCAAGUUAUUACUGACUACGGUGGAAACACUGUGAUCAAAAUGAAAAAUAAUGCCAUGUUUUUCUUAAAGUUUAAUAUGAAAGAUGUCGUAAAACUUAAUGCAUGGGAAGUUCAGGAUAAAGACUAUGUCCUGUAUGUGAAUCCACAUGGUGACUUAUAUUUGCUGACAAUGCAAGGCCCUAAUACAUUUCGCCAGACUUAUCCACUGAAAACUGAAAUAUUGAGUGCCACGCAUACUUCAAAAGAGAUCUGUCCGUAUAUAUCAUUUCAGCACAAUCUGGAAACAAGUGUUUACUUUAUUAACAAGGGAGAUAAUGUGACCUUUUGGGCUCAGAUAGUCUUUCUGGAAAAUGUGGGAUUAUCCACAGAAAUUAUAAUCCACAACUCUGAGUUGCUGAAGCAAACUAGGACUCUUCACUAUGAAAUAGCACGUGGAAUUUGUACUAAGAACCAAACUAUAACACUUUAUCAUGACCGUGAUUAUUCAAAAGAGACAGAGUAUGCAGAUGCAAUGCAGAGUUCAACAGGUAUUAUGACAAUUGAACUGCAGCCUUCCACCACUGGAAGAACAUGUAUGACUAUCAAUAAGGAGAUCCAGUAUGAUGAGAGACAAUAUGGUUGUCCAAUAGAUGUCCACUAUGCAGCUCCAUUUCGUCCUACUGUUUACUUAUAUGAUGGUGAAAAAUACAUUGAUAUUGUCCAGUCAGAAUAUAUGCUGUGGGAGGUUAAUGCCAGGAAUGACUUCAGGUAUAACACAACUAUAGAACAGGUACGUUGCUUGCGCAGAGCACAAAAUAUGUCUUCAAUGGUUCCUAAGGAUAUUAAAAACAUUUCUGGAGAUACUAUAGAUGACUUUUGGGGUCCACAGAAUUACAGAUCCUGUUUUGAGAGUGCUGGUGAGGGACUUCUAGGUAGCCAAGAUAAGCCAUAUGAAAUCCUAAACCAUUCUGGAAUCAACUCUAUCAUUUGGCCUCAGUACUAUACUGGCAUUUUCAUGUUCAGAUUGAAGAUACUGGACCCAAACUACAGUUUUUGUGAUCGUGGAGCAUAUUUUGCAGUCCGUACAUAUGGCAUCACUGAAAGUUUCUUUUCUAUUUCUUACAGUUUUUGUUCCAUGUCUGCAUUAUUUGUUGUCCAUACAUAUGGCGUCAUUGAAGGACCAAACUGGUUGCUGACUUUUGGUUGCUGUACCCUGAUAAUGACUCUCUUCUUGGGAAUCCUUGUCUUCAGCUACUUCAGAAAUGUGAAGACAUUUCUCAUGCAUAGCUUUGUUGAUCCCUUGCUGUCACUUCACCCACAUGUUAGGGCAACACAGUUGGCAAAGGAACUUAAGAAAGAAAUUGUCUUACCUGUAUCAAGUUGUAUCCAGCUGUAUAUUUCAGUGAAUUCCAAUUUUAAAAUAUAUGCCUAAGACAAAUAGCUUCCCAUCAUUUUCAUUGAAACUUCACAGUCCAAUCCACUAAUAUUUUUAGGAGACGCUAUAUGGGGCUCCCCUUGUUGUGCAUUGUAAGCGCAGUUUUGGGCAGAGAUUUGCAUGGAAUGGAUUCUUCGUUCUGGCUUCCUACAGUACCCUCUGUCCUGAUCACAAAAGCUAUAACAUAAGCACUAGCAUCUGGGAAUUUGACUUUUGACAAUUGGGGGUACUUGUGCAAAACUAACUUCUAGAUACCUUUGCAAAGUUGCCCUGAGUGAAUUGGGGAGUUAGAACAACAGCCUGAUCCAAUGCAGAGUUAGGUAUAACUAAGCUCACUGAAAUAAACAUGCUUAGGUACCCUUAAGUCUGCAAUGGAUUGGGCUGCAACUUUGCUAUGUAAAAAUCUUUCUAGUGCAUUUUUAGUAUUCAUAUCAUUUUGUAAUUUAAUCUGCUG